AUGCCUACUGUGUUCCAGAAGCCGAAGCAGCGUGUGGUGGAGGGCUCUGACGGUGUGUUGGCUGUGGUUCUAGAGUAUGACCAUAGAUUCGCCACCUAUGGCCAAGAGUUCCUCUUCUAUGACUACAAAGAGCCCCUCACUCUCCCAGAGGACGUGGCCUCACAGAGUUUUUACAUUGUCCUAGCUGACCCUACCUACCUGUUAGAGGAGUGCCUCACCAAGGUCACCCAGACUGUCAAGUACCUGGCCAAGGUCAAGGUGCUGCUCUGCACUGGUGAGCCUCACAUAGCUGUGCGCAUUGGCUUGUGUCCUUCUCCACACCUGAAACAUUACACAUUGUAUUCAAACAUAUUGAUUUAUGGUUCUCUCUGCAGCUUUUUGAUCUAAUCCCUCCUGCUCCACCUCUCCCUCAUCAGAAGCCAUCAUGGAGAAGCAUGCAGACAAACGUAUUGGUCUGAAGAUAUACAGCUUCCUCCCCAACCACAACCUGGCCAACGAGUUCCGCUGUUUCACCAAAUACCCCUCAAUACUCCUGUCCUGA